GCUCCGGAGAAAUCCUGCUGUUACGAUGGUUUUAUUCACCCAGAGUUUAUCCACGUCCGUCUGAGGUUUGCGGGCCGGAGCCGGGCCCCCUGAGGGGGUGGAAAGGGAGGUGUCAUGGGGUCAGGAAGACAGGUGAGACUCCUGCUGUGGAAGAACUGGACCAUCCGCAGGAGACAAAGGAUCCGCUUCCUCGUGGAGAUCAUGUGGCCCGUGGUUCUGUUCAUGGGUCUGGUGUGGCUGAGGAGAGUCAACCCGCUCUACCGUCAACACGAAUGUCACUUCCCGAACAAGGCCAUGCCGUCAGCUGGAGUCCUGCCGUGGAUCCAGGGGAUCUUCUGUAACGCCAACAACCCCUGCUUCCAGUUCCAGACCCGAGGAGAGUCUCCUGGCCUGGUGUCCAACUACAACAACUCCAUCUUGGCUCGGUUCUACUCGGAUGCUCAGGAGCUUCUUCUCAGUGACCCGGAGUUCCUGCAGGUCGGCCGCCUCUGGAGGGAAUUGAGCACCAUGAGCGACUUCAUGGAGACGCUGCGCACCCGCCCCGAACAGGUCUCAGGUGGAGGGGUGGAGGUGGAGACGAUCCUGAAGGACGACGAAACCCUUACGUCAUUCCUGCUGCGAGACGUUCCUCUGACGGAGUCUGUUGUGGAUCAGCUCCUUAAAGCCCGGAUCAGGCCUGAACAGUUCGCCUUCGGUGUCCCAGACUUGCGUUUGAAGGACAUCGCCUGCAGCCUCGACCUCCUGGAGCGAUUCCUGGUAUUCUCCAGCCACAGAGGGCUCUACGCUGUCCGGAACGCCAUGUGCGUCCUGAAACCGCAGAGGCUGCAGGUCAUCGAGGACCGGUUCUACGCCAACGUGGACUUCUUCAAACUCCUCCGACUGCUCCCUCGCGUUCUAGACGAGUCUUCCGAUGGCAUCAACAUUCGCUUCUGGGUCCGGGUUGUCUCUGACGCCUCAGACAAACUGCAAGAGUUGUUCUGCAGGAGCAGCUUCGAGGAGCUGAUCCAGGUGGUGACUCCUCUCCUCCAGAAGAACCUGUCCUUCAGGCAGGUGAUGUCCGCCGCCUCCAGCCUGGUGUGCGGCUACACAGAGGGGGCCUUCUCCCGGGUCACGUCCUUCAACUGGUACGAGGACAACAACUACAAAGCCUUCCUGGGUAUCAGCAGCGGCGGGGCUGAGGGCGACUACACGUACGACAACAGCACCACUCCUUUCUGCAAUGACUUGAUGAAAGAGCUGGAGUCCAACCCCGCCACCAGGAUCAUUUGGAAGUCUGUGAAGCCGAUGCUGAUGGGACGCAUCCUCUAUGCUCCGGACUCACCGGCUGCCAGGCAGAUUGUACGAAAUGCAAACACCACAUUUGAGGAGCUGGAAAGGCUGAGGACGAUGGGGAAAGCCUGGGAGGAAGUGGCUCCCCAGAUCUGGGCUUUUUUUCAAGAUGGAGUCCAAGUCAAGAUGAUUCGGGACAUUAUCCACAAUCCAUCUGUGAUGGAUUUCAUCGACAGGAGUCUGGAAGAGACGCCAUUUUCCUCCAAACACAUUCUCAACUUCCUGCACAACGGACCACCAGAGGACCGUCAGAACGACAUGCCUGAUUUUGACUGGCGAGACCUCUUCAACCUCACGGACCGAGUUAUCCGGAUGCUCAACCAGUAUGGGGAUUGUUUGAUUCUUGAUAAAUUUGUGGCUCUGCCCGAUGAAGACGCUGUUACCCAUCAGGCCUUGGGCCUGUUGGAAGAAGGCAAGUUCUGGGCAGGUCUUGUUUUCAUCAACAUGUACCCUUGGAGUAGCAGUGUCCCGCCUCAUGUCAAGUUCAAGAUCCGUAUGGAUAUCGACACAGUGGAACGCACCAAUAAAGUCAAAGACAGGUACUGGGACCCAGGCCCUAGAGCUGAUCCUUUGGACGACCUCCGCUAUGUGUGGGGUGGCUUUGCUUACCUUCAGGACAUCGUAGAGCAUGGGGUCAUCAGGACGCAGACAGGAAAAGAGUGGCCUUUGGGUGUUUACCUUCAGCAGAUGCCCUAUCCUUGUUACGUGGACGAUCUCUUCAUGCUGACACUGAACCGCUGUUUCCCCAUCUUCAUGGUCCUGGCCUGGGUCUACUCCGCGUCCAUGAUCGUGAAGAGCAUCGUUCUGGAGAAGGAGCUCCGCUUGAAGGAGACUUUGAAGACCAUGGGGGUCACCAGCGGUGUCCUUUGGUCCACUUGGUUCAUUGACAGCUUCUUCAUGAUGGGCAUCAGCACGGCCCUCCUAACAGCCAUCAUCAUGGGAGGAAGGGUUCUGAACUACAGCAACCCUGUCAUUCUGUUCCUGUUUCUGCUCACCUUCACUACAGCUACCAUCAUGCAAUGCUUCCUCCUGAGCGUGUUCUUCAACCAGGCUAACUUAGCGGCAGCCUGCAGCGGCAUCGUCUAUUUCAGCCUCUACCUGCCCCACAUCUUCUGUUUCGCUUGGCAGGACAGCAUCACCAAAGACACCAAGAUCUUAGUGAGCCUGCUGUCCCAAGUGGCGUUUGGCUUCGGUACAGAGUAUCUAUCCCGCUACGAGGAGCAAGGCAUGGGUCUGCAGUGGGACAACAUCCAGACCAGCCCCCUGGAGGGAGACGAGUUCUCCUUCCUCACCUCCAUCUGCAUGAUGUGUCUGGACACGGCGCUAUACGCUGUCCUAGCCUGGUACCUGGACAAUGUCUUCCCUGGACAGUAUGGAAUUGGUCGUCCGUUUUAUUUUCCCUUCCUGCCCUGUUAUUGGCUCAACAGCAUCACUCCAUCUUCAGGCAAUGACAAGAUGGAGUUGAAGAAAAAAGGCUUUGAUAACCUGGUGAACAAGGAACAAGGAGAGCUUCAGAACAAAGCAGAGGGGGAAAACCAGACCCAACCCAAAACAGAGGAGGACAUCCUCAAGUCAUCUUCAUGUGAGCACCAGGAUCGGACGCUUGGGAAGGAGAACCAGACUGAGCCUGAGGAGAACCCGGAGGACCAUGAACAGUCAUUAUUUGAGGCAGAGCCAACAGAUCUGGUGAAGGGAGUUUGUAUCCAAAAUCUGGUCAAAGUGUUCGGAGGUUCCUCCAGACCAGCUGUUGAUAGUCUCAGCAUAAACUUCUAUGAGAGCCAGAUUACUUCAUUUCUUGGCCACAAUGGAGCUGGAAAAACCACCACUAUGUCCAUCUUGACAGGAAUGUAUCCUCCCACCACUGGGACAGCCACCAUUUAUGGCAAGGACAUCCGCACGAACAUGGAUGACAUUCGUACUUCUCUGGGAAUGUGCCCUCAACAUAACAUCCUUUUUCAGUAUAUGACUGUGGCAGAGCAUAUUCUCUUCUACUCGCUGAUGAAAGGCCGUUUGAUCACCGAGGCCGAGGAAGAGGUAGAGAACAUGGUACAGGAUCUGGGUCUUCCCCACAAGAGGGCUGAACUGAUCCAGAACCUCUCAGGGGGCAUGCAGAGGAAGUUGUCAGUCGCCCUAGCUUUUGUUGGUGGAGCCAAGGUGGUGAUCCUGGAUGAGCCCACUUCUGGAGUGGACCCUUACUCCAGACGAUCGAUUUGGGACCUGCUGCUCAAAUAUCGUACAGGACGCACAGUGAUCAUGUCCACCCACCACAUGGAUGAGGCAGACCUGCUGAGUGAUCGGGUAGCUAUCAUCUCCCAGGGUCGUCUUCACUGUUGUGGUUCCCCCAUCUUCCUCAAGAACUGUUUCGGCACCGGCUUCUACCUCACUCUUGUGCGCCAAAUGAAUCUCAACCUUCUCAAGGCCAGCUGUGACUGCACACAAAAUUGCUCCUGUAAAUGCUCCAAGUGUUCAAGACUUAAAUCCAAGCUGGAGGAAAGUCAGGCCCCAGACAGACAGCUGGAUGGUAAUGUGGAAAGCAUCACAGCCCUGGUUCAUCAUCACGUUCCUCAGGCCCGUCUUAUUGAGGCCAUCGGCCAGGAACUCACCUUUCUGCUGCCGAAUCAGAACUUCCAGCCCAGAGCCUAUGCCAGCCUCUUCAGGGAACUGGAGGAAACUCUUGUGGACAUCGGCCUCAGCAGCUUUGGUGUGUCAGACACAUCGCUGGAGGAGAUUUUUCUGAAGGUCACUGCAGAUGGGAAUACAACCAGCAGGAAGUGUAAACAAGAUAAGAAACCUUUGCAGCAGAUCUCUCGAGCUAGUCUCUGUGGAUUCAACAGGGUGGCUGUUGAUGUGGAAGCACAACAAGAGUCCAAUGGUCAGGGUCUGAGCGAGACCCCAGAAGGCAGCGCGGGACGGGGAUCCUACCAGGUCCGAGGCCCAUUCCUGACUAUCAAACAGUUCUUUGCUCUGCUGAUCAAGAGGUGGCACCACGCCUCACGCUCCUGGAAAGACUUUGUUGCCCAGAUUGUGCUUCCAGCCAGCUUCGUCUUCCUGGCGCUGAUGUUCACGUUGAUAGUUCCACCUUUUGGAGAAUAUCCCAGUCUGACCCUCAGCCCCUGGAUGUAUGGGCGACAGUACACCUUCUUCAGCAACGAGCGUCCCACUGACCCUGACACGAGAUAUUUUGGUGAAGUUUUGUUGGACAGGCCUGGUUUUGGGACACGCUGCAUGGCAGAUGAACCUCUUGAGGAUUUCCCGUGUAACAACAUCACCACGGAGUGGGAGACGCCCCUGGUUGACCCUGCCCUGAUAGAAAGACUAGAAGGUCCCGAGUGGACAGACCUGAGACCAUCUCCAGAAUGUCAGUGCAGCACUCCUAAAAAACUCACCGUGCUGCCUGUGUGCUCUGAGGGAGCUGGAGGCCUGCCACCUCCUCAGAGGAUCCAGUCCACAGGAGACGUCCUCGUGGACCUGACUGGUAGGAACGUCUCUGACUACCUGGUGAAGACCUACCCCAGCCUCAUCAGGACCAGCUUGAAAAGCAAAUACUGGGUGAACGAACAAAGGUAUGGGGGUAUAUCAGUGGGUGGACAGCUUCCUGUUUUAGGAGUUCAGCCAGAGACCAUCCUGGAUGCAGCAGCUCAGCUCGGACGACUUCUUAAUGUUACCGGGGGCAAAUACGCCAAACAAACACUUGGGGACAUUGGGACAUUCCUCAAGUAUAUGGAGACUCAAAACAGCGUCAAGGUGUGGUAUAACAACAAGGGCUGGCAUGCCAAGGUGGCGUUUAUGAAUGUUGCCAACAAUGCCAUUCUCCGAGCUAAUUUGCCCAAAGGAGCUAAUCUGGAUGAAUAUGGCAUCACUGCCAUCAACCAUCCUCUGAACCUCACCAAGGAGCAGCUCUCUGAGAUCACCGUUCUGACCACCUCCGUGGACGCAGUGGUGGCCAUCUGUGUCAUCUUUGCCAUGUCCUUCGUCCCAGCCAGCUUCGUCCUCUACCUCAUCCAGGAGAGGGCCACGCAGGCCAAGCACCUGCAGUUCGUCAGUGGAGUCAGUCCUCUGGUGUACUGGACGGCCAACUUCCUGUGGGACAUGGUGAAUUACUCCAUCAGUGCAGCCAUGGUGGUGAAAACCUUCAUGUUCUUUGAGAAGAGAUGUUACACCUCACCAACCAACUUGCAUCCACUUAUCGCCCUGCUUAUGCUUUAUGGCUGGUCUGUGACCCCCAUGAUGUACCCCAUGUCCUAUGUCUUCAGUGUCCCCAGCACCGCCUACGUCUCUCUGUCUUGUAUAAACCUGUUUAUUGGCAUCAACAGCAGCGCCAUCACCUUCAUCCUGGACCUCUUUGAGAGCACCACAGCUCUGUACAGGUUCAACCAGAUGUUAAAGACGGCGCUGCUCAUCUUUCCUCAUUACUGCCUGGGCAGGGGGCUCAUCGACAUGGCCAUGAACCAGGCUGUGACGGAUGUCUAUGCUCGCUUUGGUGAAGAUUACAGCCCCAACCCCUUAAGCUGGGACUUCAUUGGGAAGAACUUGUUCUGUAUGGCAGCUGAGGGGUUUGUCUAUUUUAUCCUCAACAUACUUUUUCAGUACCGCUUCUUCCUCGAUCACUGGAUUCCAGAUGGACCAAAGCCGCACAUUUUGGACGAGGAUAAAGAUGUGGCUGAGGAAAGAGAGAGAAUCCACAAGAGCGAACAAACAAAGGACAUUUUACGUAUAAAAGGCCUGUCUAAGACAUACAGGGGGACAGCGAUCCCUGCAGUGGACCAAAUCUGUGUCGGAGUAUCGCCUGGAGAGUGUUUUGGUCUCGUUGGGGUAAACGGAGCAGGGAAGACCACAACAUUUAAGAUGCUGACUGGAGACAUAGAUGUGACUUCAGGAGAAGCAUCGGUCUCCGGUUACAGCAUUUUGACUCAAAUCCUGGACGUUCAUCAGAACAUGGGCUACUGCCCACAGUUUGACGCCAUCGAUGAGCUGCUGACGGGUAGAGAACAUCUGCACCUCUACGCCCGCCUCCGGGGGGUUCCAGAAUCUGAGAUUAGCAGGGUAGCAGAUUGGGCCAUCCAGAAACUGGGCUUGUCAGAGUACGCAGGUCGAAGUGCUGGGACCUACAGUGGGGGUAACAGGAGGAAACUCUCCACCGCCAUUGCUAUGAUUGGCUGUCCUGCUCUGGUGCUGCUGGAUGAGCCUACGACAGGUAUGGACCCACUCUCCAGACGCUUUCUGUGGAAGUCCAUCAUGAGUGUAAUUCAGGAUAAUCGAGCAGUGGUCCUUACCUCACACAGCAUGGAGGAAUGUGAGGCGCUGUGCACCCGCUUAGCCAUCAUGGUCAAUGGAUCCUUCAAGUGUCUGGGAACCAUUCAGCAUCUCAAAUACAAGUUUGGAGACGGCUACGUACUAACCAUGAAGAUCGGAGCAGCCAAGUCUGGUUGCUCCCCAGACCUGAACCCCGCUGAAGCGUUCAUGAAGAGCACUUUCCGCAGCUGCAUCCAGAGAGAGAAACACCAUAACACGCUGCAGUACAAGAUCUCCUCCUCCUCCCUGGCGAGAAUAUUUCAGAUGGUCCUGGCUAACAAGGACAAGUUGAACAUCGAGGAUUACUCUUUGUCUCAGACCACGCUCGAUCAGGUGUUUGUGAAUUUCGCCAAGCAGCAGUCGAGGGAGGACGACGUCAUCGUGCUGCAUCCAAAAGCUGCGGGAGCACAACGUUACAUCGACACAACUCCCAUCAAGUCGCAGAGGAAGUGA